CCUUGGGUGUUCAAGCUCUGCGCGCGGUCAGUGGUGCCGCCCCACGGUCGGGACCCACGCGCUCUCUGCAUCUUUUGUUUUUGGUCAUGUUCUCGGCCGUCUCCUCUCCGCGGACGCCGGGGCCUGGAACCCGAAGGGGCCCGCUGGGCGGGAUCGGGCCGGGUUCCACGCCGCGGGCGACAAGUAGAAAGGGUCUAUCCCUGGGGCCUGCAGUCGGCUCCCCGGUGCUCUUCUCUCCGGUCGGUCGGCGUAGUUCGGUGAGCUCGCGAGGGACGCCUACACGAAUGCUGCCCCAUCACUCCGUAACUGAGGCGACGAACUAUGACGUGAAAGUGCUCGGAUCGACUCUUCCUGUUAAAAUCAUGGAAGCCCUAGGGUUGCCUGAAGACAGUGGUCAGCUGACUGUUCACAUAGACGAAGGCGGAUGGGCUUGUCUGGUCUGCAAAGACAAACUCAUGAUUUGGAAGAUUGCUCUGUCACCUAUUUCUAAGUUACCUGUUUGCAAAGAACUUCAGCUGCCACCCAGUGAUUUCCACUGGAGCGCAGACUUGGUGGCUCUCUCUUACUCUGAUCCCUCAGGUGAAGCACAUUCCACUCAGUCUGUUGCAGUCAUGGUUGCCACCAGGGAAGGAUCCAUUCGCUAUUGGCCGAGUCUUGCUGGUGAAGACACCUACACAGAGAGUUUCGUAGAUUUGGGAGGUGAUAAGACUUACAGUUUCCUAACAGCAGUGCAGGGAGGAAGUUUUAUUUUGUCCGCAUCUGGGGGCCAGCUGGUUCGCCUCACACCCGAAAGCUUAGGAAAGAUUCACCAGCGCAUCCUGCCUCAGGGGCAGGGCGUGCUUUCCGGGAUUGGUCGCAAGGUUUCUUCUCUUUUGGGAAUCUUAUCGCCUAGCAGUGAUCUCAUACUUUCAAGUGUCCUUUGGGAUAGAGAGAGAUCAAGCUUUUAUAGCCUGACAAGUUCAAACAUCAACAAAUGGGAAGUAGAUGAGUCUUCAGAAAAACAAGUAUACAGUUGGGAUAUAAACAGAGUCCUGAAGGAAAACAUUACUGAUGCCAUUUGGGGAUCUGAAAGUAACUACGAAGGUAUUAAAGAAGGGGUCAACAUUCGGUAUCUGGAUUUGAAGCAAAACUGCGAUGGGCUCCUGGUCCUGGCAGCCGCGUGGCACCCAGCAGAUAGCCCGUGCCUCGUCUAUUACUCUCUGAUAACAGUCGAGGAUAACGGCCACCACAUGUCGGACACGGUGACUGUGGAAGUCACGCAGUAUAACCCACCUUUUCAGUCUGAAGAGUCAGCUGUGUGUCGGUUGAUGGUCCCAGACUUUCCGAACCAGACUGCCUGUCUGUACAGUGCAAGUGCCAUCUUCGUGUGCUCCACAGGGACCGGGAGGUUCUCUCCGCCGCAGGAGAAAAUUGUCUUCAGCACCCAAGGGGAUAGUAUUUUAGGAGCUGGUUCCUGUGGCGGUAUUCCUAUCCUUUUUUCUAAAAAGAGCGGAGUGGUGUCUGUUACACCAAGGGAAAAUGUGUCCGUGUUAGCAGAGGACCUUGAAGAUUCUUUAGCAUCUUCAAUUGCUGGACCAAGCAAUGAGAGUAUGGUGUUUGAGACCUCUACGAAGAAUGAGGCCACGGCCCAGGAAGAUAAAACCAGAUUGCUAAAAGCUGCUUUUCUGCAAUACUGCAGAAAAGAUUUAGGCCAUGCUCAGAUGAUGGUUGAUGAGCUGUUCUCCUCCCACGCGGAUCUGGACUCUGAUGGUGAGCUAGACAGGGCCGUUGCCCAGAUCAGCAUGGACCUGGUGGACGACUACCCGGCCUCCGACCCACGGUGGGCCGAAUCCGUCCCUGAGGAAGCACCUGGGUUCAGCAACACAUCACUGAUCAUUCUCCACCAGCUAGAAGACAAGAUGAAGGCCCACUCUUUCCUCAUGGACUUUAUCCACCAAGUGGGCUUAUUUGGACGUCUGCGCACUUUUCCAGUGCGAGGCAUGCCCAUGGCAACCCGGCUGUUGCUCUGUGAGCAUGCGGAGAAGCUGUCGGCUGCGGUUGUUCUCAAGAACCAUCACUCACGGCUGUCUGACCUCGUGAACACGGCGAUAUUGAUUGCUUUGAACAAAAGGGACUGUGACAUCCCAUCCAGCCUGACCCCUGCAGACAUCUUUUUUAGAGAGGUGUCCCAGGUAGACACAAUCUGUGAGUGUUUACUGGAGCAUGAGGAGCAAGUCUUAAAGGAUACGUCUUUGGAAUCAGUUGAAUGGGCGGAAGUGGUGAUCAAUGUGAACACCAUUCUCAAGGACAUGCUGCAAGCCGCUAGUCAUUAUCGACAGCACAGAAACUCCUUGUAUAGAAGAGAAGAACCGCUAGAAAAAGAACCUGAGUAUAUUCCGUGGACAGCAACGAGCGGUCCCGCUGGCAUCCGAACGGCAAUUACACGCCAGCACGAGAUCAUCCUGAAGAUGGUUUACCCUCAAGCAGACAGCAAACUCCGAAACAUCCUGACAGAGCAGCUGGUCUCGCUGGUCGAUUGCUUCCUGGACGGCUAUACUUGUCAGCUGAAGUCCCUGGACAGGUCCAAUGAUCAAGGAAGAUACAACAAUCUGGAAACUGAAUAUGCGCAGAAAAGAUCAGAGCUCUUAUCUCCACUUCUCACGCUGGGCCAGUACUCAUGGGCUGCUUCAUUAGCAGAAAAAUACUGUGACUUUGAUAUCCUGGUACAAAUGUGCGAGCUGACUGACAACCAGACCAGGCUCCAGCGCUACAUGACCCAGUUUGCUGAUCAGAAUUUUUCAGACUUUCUCUUCCGUUGGUACCUGGAGAAAGGGAAGAGAGGCAAAUUGUUAUCUCAGCCCAUCGCUCAGCAUGGACAGCUGGCAGAUUUUUUGCAGGCUCACGAGCACCUCAGCUGGUUACAUGAGAUUAACAGCCAGGACUUAGAAAAGGCUCACACAACACUUCUGGGUUUGGCAAAUAUGGAAACUCGUUACUUUGCAAAGAAAAAAACCCUUCUCGGCUUGAGUAAACUGGCUGCAUUAGCUUCAGAUUUUUCAGAAGAUAUACUGCAAGAAAAAAUUGAAGAAAUGGCUGAGCAGGAGCGCUUUCUGCUGCACCAGGAGACCCUGCCGGAGCAGCUACUCACGGAGAAGCAGCUGAGCCUCAGUGCGAUGCCAGUGCUGAGCGCGCCGCAGCUCAUCGACCUAUAUAUCUGUGAAGAAAACAGAAGAGCUAAUGAAUACGAUUUCAAGAAAGCUCUGGACUUGCUGGAGUAUAUUGACGAGGAGGAAGAUGUAAAUAUAAACGAUCUGAAACUGGAAAUUCUCUGCAAAGCCCUUCAGAGAGAUAACUGGUCCAGUUCAGACGGUAAAGAUGAUCCAAUUGAAGUAUCCAAAGACAGUAUAUUUGUGAAAAUCUUACAGAAACUUUUAAAAGAUGGCAUCCAGCUCAGCGAGUACCUGCCGGACGUGAAGGACCUGCUGCAGGCAGAGCAGCUGGGGAGCUUGAAGUCCAAUCCUUACUUUGAGUUUGUUUUGAAAGCAAAUUAUGAAUAUUAUGUCCAGGGGCAAGUGUAACUUUUUCUAAAAAUGGUCAUUGUUGCUGGAAAUUUGUAUAAGGUAUUAUAAAAAUGUUAGGCCUUAAACAUGUAGCAGUUUGUACAGUUUGAUAACGUGUUGUUGAGGGGUUUUUUAAUACUUUAUUUGGAAGCUACAACAAAACAGCUGUGUGACUACAGUUUCGGUUUUUAGUUAACCUGAUAUCUUCUCUCCCUUUUUCCGUCUGAAAUUUAUCAGCAGUUGUUUUUAUGAUCUGCACCCGCUCUUUGCAACCUCACUAGGCCCAGGGCUCUGGAGCCGUUGUCCUGGCCCUGGCUGCUUGUGCGCGCGCUCGCGUCACCUGUAGGCCCCGUUUCUGUAACGCCGAAGGUGACGCGAUUGCCCUGGAGUGUCUCAGACUGGCUCUGGGCGCUGUGCGUGGGGGAGCCUGGAGUCUUCAGUGUCUGUUUUGCUUAGGGCUGGUUUGAAAUACCUAGUGAGAUAAAGGUCAGAUUUUGCUGACUUACAAAUAAAGUAUCGUAGGACAGAGUGACGAGAGUGGGCCUACUUCCUUGUGAGCUUGGUAACCGAUUCACUGGGAUAAGUUACAUCUACUGC